GAAUUCCACACCUUAGUUGAUGCGCCCGCCUCAGCCUUCCAAAGUGCUGGGAUUACAGGCGUGAGCCACUGCGCCCGGCCGUGUCCAGUUAAAUUUGAGUUAAGAUAAACGAUGAAUAAUUGUUAAGUCCUAAACAUUGUAUGCACAUAUUUAUACUUUAAAAAUUACUUGUUUAUCUGAAAUUAAAAUUUAACAGGACGUCCUGUAUUUUCUCUGGCAGCCUUGGCAUUGAGCGUCCCCCGUCCUCUGCUCAUACCCAGUGGCAAGACUGGGAUCUUCUAGGCUCUUGUCCAUCUGGGAAAUAAAUACAGAUUUCACCCAGGCUAUAAAAACCGGCUGUCUUAGUUGCUAAGAUGCUUUUAGCUCCAAGCCUAAUGGGCAAGCUCCAGGGGUCCCCCUGGCCAUAACUGGACCCAUUUUCGGAAUCCCCAUGACGAUGCCCUCUGUGUUCCCUUUCACAACAGAAGUCAAGCAUAGCUGUCUUCUCUUACGGGAGAGCUGAGAACUAGGCAGACAAAAUGGUCAGAGUCUAGAAGUAACCACCACAUUUGGGUGUGGGGUAAACCGGUAUUUGAGAUCUGUGUUGCAGUGGACAGUAUCAGAGAGCCUGAGGGUGUUAAGGGGAGAGUGUAGUGUUCAUCUCACCUUGUGUCUCAUUUUGUGGAUGAGGCCCAGUGAGAGAAAUAGAUGUGUCCCAGCCACUCAGAAAACCUGUAGUAGAUACAUCUGGAAGCUCAAUUCCCAGCCUCCUUACCCUGCUCAGUCCAUACUUGCUGAUGAAGUCAGCUUGCAGCAUUUAUGAUAGGCAUUUAUUAAAGUAGAUGCAAUAGUACAUAUGUAGUACAGAUGAGCUCUUUGGGUCUUUGUUGUUCCUAUACCCCUCUACAGCUUCCUGACCUUCACCCCAAGGCUUCUUUAGCUUUUACUCUGCCCAGUGGGGAAAAUGGCUAUCUGGGCUCAGUUAUGGGAGCCUGGCCUUUGCCUACUUCAGCUCUUGGGCUCUCACCACUGUGGGUGGUGUGAUCUAGGACUUGUUUUUGUUAUCUUGGAACCAGAAGGGGUGUUCUUGGCAGGGUUGGGUCUGGCCAGUUAUGUGGGUAGAAGGGCAUCCUUUUCUGUCCUGCAAUUGGGCUUCAUGGCACAUGGCCUCACAUGGUGCCUGGGGACUUUCCUAAGGUUCCACCAUGAGCCAGACUUUGCCCUCACUCCUGAUUUGAAACUAAACCUCUUGCUGAACUGGCCUGAAUACUGGGAUUCCUCAGAUUGCUUGCCCUGAGGAUAUGCUCUGGGCUUGACCUGAUAAACCUGCAGCCUCCUAUAGACCCUGACUUCCCAGCCUCCUAAUCCCAGUCUUAUGAGAUAAAGUAGAGUAGGCUGGAGGUCAGUGGGCUCGGGGUCAGUUGGUGGGACAAUCAACAGACUCCUGGCAGCAGAGGUAGUAAAGAGGCAAGGAAGGAGUGCCAGAAAGGGGCGUUGCCCCUGGGUAAGAGCUCAGAAGUGCAGGGGGUGGAAAAGGGGUGGGAUGGGAGCCCACUGGUAGAAAUUACUCCCUCUGUCAAUGAUUAACUCACAGCCAAAGAGAUGACCUAGGAGGAGGGCCCAGCUAAUAGGACCCUUGGACUUAAGGCAGAGUAUCCAGAGGGCCGGCAUGUGGUCUGCAGAAGAGGAGGACAUGGCUGGGUGGCAGGGCUGGUCUCCAAGGAUGAGUGAGAUCCUGCAGCUGUGGGCUUCAGGAAGUCUCCUGGGGCUAUCAGAUGGCUCCUUCUUGUAGCAGCCACUGUGGGGUCCACUGGCCGUGGGGGACCUCCUGUCUUUUGCCUUGCAAGGGCCUCAGUUGUGCUUUUUCCCUCUAGGCAGCCAUGGGUGCCAGGCAGUGCUGAGAGCAGUGGGGCAUGGCUGCAGCCCUGCAGGUCCUGCCCCGCUUGGCCCGAGCCCCCUUGCAUCCACUCCUCUGGCGGGGCUCAGUGGUCCGGCUGGCCAGCAGCAUGGCCUUGGCAGAGCAGGCCCGGCAGCUGUUUGAGAGUGCUGUGGGUGCAGUGCUGCCGGGCCCCAUGCUGCACCGGGCACUAUCCUUGGACCCUAGUGGCAGACAGCUGAAGGUGCGGGACCGGAGCUUUCAGCUGAGGCAAAACGUCUACCUGGUGGGCUUUGGCAAGGCUGUGAUGGGCAUGGCAGCUGCCGCUGAGGAACUACUGGGCCAGCAUCUUGUGCAGGGCGUGAUCAGCAUUCCCAAGGGGAUCCGUGCUGCCAUGGAGCGCGCCAGCAAGCAGGAGAUGCUGCUGAAGCCACAUAGCCGUGUCCAGGUAUUCGAGGGUGCGGAGGACAACCUCCCAGACCGCGAUGCACUGCGGGCUGCGCUGGCCAUCCGGCAACUGGCUGAGGGACUCACAGCUGAUGACCUGCUGCUCGUACUGAUCUCAGGUGGUGAGCCUCAUCCUGUCAGAUGUGGUGGGGGACCCUGUGGAGGUGAUUGCCAGCGGCCCCACUGUGGCCAGUUCCCACAGUGUGCAAGAUUGCCUGCAUAUCCUCAAUCGCUACGGCCUCCGUGCAGCCCUGCCACGUUCCGUGAAGACUGUGCUGUCUCGGGCCGACUCUGA